UAUGAAGAGCUCCUACCCCAUCUGGGAGGAUUUCAGCUCCAAAGCCACCAAACUGCACUCCCAGCUCAGGACCACCGUGCUGGCUGCUGUUGCCUUUCUUGAUGCCUUUCAGAAAGUGGCCGACAUGGCGACCAAUACCCGAGGUAAGGAAUAGUACGCCGGUCACACGGCGACCAUCUCUUCAUGUUUCAGGAGCCAGUCAGGCCAAUCCAAGAUCCAGGUGAUCCAUGACACCAAUGCCCUCAUGGAGAGCUUAAUAACUCCUCUCCAGGAAAGGAUCGAGGACUGGAAGAAGACUGCAACCACAAUGGACAAAGAGCACGCCAGAGAAUACAAGCGCGCUCGUCAUGAGAUCAAAAAGAAAUCUUCUGAUACGCUGAAGCUGCAGAAAAAGGCGCGCAAAGAAGUUCUCGGGAAGGGCGACUUACAGCCCCAGCUGGACCACGCUCUGCAAGAUGUGAACGACAUGUACCUGCUGCUGGAGGAGACCGAGAAGCAGGCCGUGCGCAGGGCGCUUAUUGAGGAGCGCGGGCGCUUCUGUACAUUCAUCACCCUACUACAGCCUGUGGUGACGGGUGAGAUCCAUCUUCUGGGAGAGGUGACCCACCUGCAGGCAAUCAUUGAUGAUCUGAUGGUGCUGAGUGAUGAGCCUCAUAAACUUCCUGCCGCCAGCGAACAGGUCAUUAAGGAUCUGAAGGGGUCGGACUAUUCCUGGUCCUAUCAGACGCCUCCGUCUUCUCCCAGCAGCUCGGGAUCUCGCAAGUCCAGCAUGUGCAGUACAAAAACUACCCCCUCCUGGCAAGCUGCCUCGCACCCCCACUCACCGGGUUCCACGUGUCGAUAUCGCAGCCUCCCACAGAGCGUCGGCGGUGGCCAGCGCUUGGUCAGCGCGUCCUCCCAGGAUUCGGGAUGUAGUUCCCAUGAGACGAUCUACUCCAAGCCCCCAUCGCCCAUUGAGUGCAGCUCCCCCACCUCGGAUUGGUCGCGCUCCGGCCAAUAUGAAACCCCGCCCGCCAGUUCAAUGCAGCGCAGGAAGGAUCGCGUGGAACACCUCCGGGAGGCAGAGCUCGGUCCCUGCUAUCAGAGUAUGGAGGACCCUUACCGCCCCCGGAUGUCCCCCGCUGUCAUCGCGGCUAAGCACGGAGAGGAGGUUUCCCCGGCCGCCAGUGACCUGGCCAUGGUACUGACCCGCGGGCUGAGCCUGGAGCACCAGAAAAGCAGUCGUGAUUCUCUGCAAUACUCAAGUGGCUACAGCACCCAAACCACGACCCCGUCCUGCUCCGAGGACACCAUUCCAUCACAAGGCUCUGACUACGACUGUUACUCGGUGAACGGUGAUACAGAUGGCGAUGUCUCUGCUGACUUUGACCGAUCCUCCACAGUUCCACGGAGCAGUAGUUUGGCUCAGAAUUACCGCCGUAUGCUCCAAACUAAGCGCCCAGCUUCUACAGCAGGCCUACCCUGUGGCAUGCCUCCUGCUGGCUCUGCUCCACCACCACCACAAGCUGGCUCUACUCCCGGUGUGGCAACAAUACGGCGCACUCCAUCCACCAAGCCCACUGUAAGACGCACUUUAUCCAAUGCUGGACCCAUUCCAUGUCGCCCUCCGAUUGUGCCAGUAAAAACCCCCACUGUGCCGGACUCUCCAGGAGGAGGGCUGGGAGGACGUUCCCGUGUGGGGAGUGAAGAGUGUGUUUUCUAUCUAGGAGGGGAAGAUGGAAGCCCCCUUGACUAUGCCAAGUCAUCCCCAAAACGUCUCAGUCUCCCAAAUGCAGCCUGGGGAGGAGCGGGGGAGAUGUCUGUGUAUGGCGGCGGAGGAGGGGAUGAAGAAGACAUGGGAGGAGGCCUUCUGGCAGCCAAUCGACACAGUCUGGUGGAGAAGAUCGGGGAGCUCGUGGCAGGGGCUCAUGCCCUCGGGGAUGGCCAGUUCCCCUUCCCCUCAGCCCCUGAGAGGAGUCAGGUUCCUGCCCCUGCAGGUGGUGGGGGAGGGUCAGAACCCCCGGCGGGCGAUAUGCUGGCAUCAAUACGUAGAGGGGUGAGGUUACGCCGAACCCAGACAAACGACCGUUCUGCUCCCCGCAUCUUGUGAUUAGUGUUGGGAGGUCGCUAGGAUCAAGGAUUGGUGCUCCAAACGGGGAGGGGAGUGGCACAUACUGUGAUGCAGGAAAAUUGC